UGCAAUUAGUCUUACAAGUCACUUGACCAGAGACUUUUGCACACAGCUCAUUACCUUUGACCAACAUGGCGGCCUCGUUGGGACGAAUUUGUCGAUCGGGUCUUUUAAAAGCAAAUAACGGGAGUUUGUACAAUCAGACCUGUAACUUUUCUACGACGAGAGAAUGGUCGCGAGGACGAAAAAUAUUCUUGACGUGUUUCGGGGCUGCAGCUGGGGGUGCUGGCGCUCUAAUUUAUGCCUUAGAAAAUUCGUUACAUGCUGAAGAUGCAGUGGCUCAUCCACCCAAUUAUCCCUGGAGUUUUAAUGGUAUGCUCAGCUCUCUGGACCAUGCAAGUAUGCGACGAGGGUGGGAGGUUUACAAAAACGUAUGUUCUGCAUGCCACAGUUUAAAAUACGUUGCCUACCGGCAUUUAGUCGGUGUUACUCACACCGAAGAGGAGGCGAAAGCUCUUGCAGAAGAAGUCCAGGUGCAAGAUGGACCCAACGAUCUUGGGGAAAUGUACAUGCGACCGGGAAAACUGUUUGACUUUGUACCGGACCCGUAUCCCAAUGAAGAAGCUGCUCGUGCAGCAAAUAAUGGUGCAUACCCGCCAGAUCUUUCGUUCAUCCAGAACGCAAGACACAAUGGGGAGAAUUACAUCUUCGCCCUAUUGACCGGAUACUGUGAUCCACCAGCUGGAAUUACCUUGAGGGAGGGUCAGGCCUUCAAUCCCUACUUUCCGGGAGGUGCCAUCGGUAUGGGUCAAGUCAUUUAUGACGAAGUAUUGGAAUUUGAAGACGGAACGCCAGCAAGUGCUUCGCAGGUGGCAAAGGACGUUGUCAAUUUCCUAAUGUGGACUUCCAACAUGGAGCACGACGAGAGGAAGAAGCUGGGUCUCAAGGUGAUUGGAGUGGGAUCGGUUCUGUUAGUUUUGUGUUACUACCUCAAGAGACAUAAGUGGUCUGUAAUAAAAACCACCAAGCUAGCGUUCGUCCCCCCGAAAAAGAAGUAAAGGAAUUGUGGAGACUAAGUCAAUUCAACUGUUAGGUCAGAAAGGUUGCUUGGAACAUUAGAUAUGUCCGGGUGCGAGCAGUAGUUUUUUAUUUUAAAGAAUUCGCAGCAGCAAAAAAAUAAUGAGAAAAAGAAAAGGAUUGUUGGGGCCCGGAAUCCAAGGUCCUCUCGACAAUCUUUGAUCUUUCUCAACAAGCCCAGCAUUAUCAACACGAAGUCAUCUAAUGAAAUGUACAUACAUACGUCUGUAAGCAAUGCCACCCAUUGUCUUCUCAAUUAAAUCGUUAAUUCACGUAA